GAACAGUAACAGCGCGACUCACCUCAAACACGGAAGUGGCCGCCUCAGUGUCGCUAUGGCGCUGCUGCAGGGCGCUCGGAGUCGACUGGGGCUGUUGAGGCCGAACUUCCUGACGUCGCGAGGGUUUGUACGGUUCAAGAAAACAUGUCCCGUUCAAGUGAGCCACUUGGACCACCUGGUUCUGACGGUGAAAAGUGUCCCGGACACCAUCAAGUUCUACACGACAGCGCUCGGGAUGCAAGAGAUCACUUUCAAGGUAGGUCCGCCGCGCUCGAAGGCGUCUACUGAGCUUUCACCAGCAGAGGGCGAUAUUGUGCAGCACACCCCUUGCCUCCUCCUCCUCCUCCUCCUCCUCCAUCAGGGCGACCGCAAGGCUUUGGGUUUCGGGGUCCACAAAUUCAACCUCCAUCAGCUGGGAAGGGAGUUUGAGCCCAAGGCAAAACACCCCACAUCAGGUUCCAUGGACCUGUGCCUCAUCACCAAGACGCCUCUGGCUGAAGUGGCUGCACAUCUGCAGGUACACGUCUGUGGAGUGGAGAUCGAGGAGGGUCCGGUGCAGAGGAGCGGAUCUGUGGGACCCAUCACCUCCCUGUACUUCAGAGAUCCAGAUGGGAACCUCAUCGAAGUGUCCAACUAUGACACACCCAGCUCAGAAUGAGCGCUGGAUUAGUUUGUUUAUAGUUGGUUGACUCCUGGCAUUUUGACUGAGAGCAGAGAAUUCUUGUUUACAGAUCCUCUUUAGAGAUGUCUAUUGUUAAAUGUUUGGCUGAUAGAACAACCCUCAGGGUAUUCGCUACUUCAUUUGGUUUUUAAAAUUUUUAUAAAUAGUAAAAUAGUAUUUUUAGAUGUAUGUAAUACAUGUAAUUACUGUGACAUAAGAAUGACCUCUGACCACAUGACUAGUCGUGGACUGUAGUUGUAAAUAGUGAGUCAGAUUUUUGAUAAAUAUUGAUUGCAAACCAGCUACAAUGAUGGGUGCAUGCAUACUGUACGGG